AUGGCUGAUGAUGCUGAUUAUCAACCUUUGUUCGAUACCAAAUUUGGUGUGAUACUAAUUGCCAUGGGUUCAGCUAGCUUUGUGGUUACAAUAUACCAUCUCAUAUUCAUUUGCUGCAAACACGCAUCCGAACAAGCGCGGCAGCAUGAGCAACCAGCAACACAAACGCUGAGCACGGAAGAAGGAAGUUUGGUGUCACAUCAGAUUCCAUCCUACAAGUAUGAGAAGAAAAGGAAUGAUGAUAAUGAUGAUGAUGAUUGUGUGACUUGUGCUGUGUGCUUAGGAGACUUUGAGGAAGGUGAGGAGUUGAGGGCUAUGCCUUCUUGCAUGCACUCUUUCCAUGUACCAUGCAUUGAUAUGUGGCUCCUUUCACAUCUCAAUUGUCCUGUUUGCCGUGCUGAUGCCACGCCCUCCCCGGUGGUUCCCCACUGUUUACCGGAGGUUAGGUCCACCGAGGGGAAUGUUGAUUAUGGCGUAAAUAUGGUGCAAAUAGUUGUCACCCACGACGAGUUGCAAAAUGGGUUACACGUGGUCCGAUCCUAA